AUGGAGAACCUGACCUACUACAAUGAGAAGCAGCUGAACAAGGUGUUUGGGAACAGGACGGAGCACAGUCAUGGGUACCAGGUGGUGAGCAUAUCCCUGAUCCUGAUUAUAUGUGGAGUGGGUAUCAUGGGUAAUGCCAUGGUGGUUUUUGUGGUCCUUGGAACAAAGCACAUGAGAACACCCACUAACUGUUACCUGGUGAGUCUGGCGAUCGCUGACCUGGUGGUAUUGAUGGCUGCAGGUCUACCCAACAUCACCAACACCAUCUACAGAUCAUGGAUUUAUGGUUACAUGGGCUGCCUGAGCAUAACCUAUCUCCAAUAUGUGGGGAUUAAUGUGUCCUCCUGUUCUAUAACUGCCUUCACCAUCGAAAGAUACAUUGCUAUCUGCCACCCAAUGAAAGCCCAGUUUAUCUGCACUAAAUCCAGAGCAAAAAAGAUCAUCCUGUUAGUCUGGGCUUUCACAUGUCUAUAUUGUGUGAUGUGGUUCUUCCUGUUAGACAUCAAGCAGACCAUCUACAAAGAUAUGACUGUGGUGGCGUGUGACUACAAGGUCUCCAGAAAGUUUUACCUGCCUAUUUACUUUCUCGAUUUCUUUAUGUUCUAUGUUGCACCUCUGGUUCUGGCCACUGUCCUGUACUGGAUGAUCAGUAGAAUCUUGUUUUUGAAUCCCAUGCCCACUGAUCCGAUAGAGAGCAGCAAGCAAAAGGGGGUCAGAUCCACUCACCAUCAACAAGCAGGUGACACUUUAACAUCCAACACUAGAGCGACAUCCAGAAAACAGGCAAGUACAGCCAGUCAUUGUGCUGGGACCUCCCCUUCCCCAUCCCUCGAUGAUUUGCUAAUGUCACCUGCAAGACGAAAAGUAAGAUUUUCACCUUUCUGCCCAUGGAGACACCGGAAUAUCCCUGUGUCUUCCAAGCAGCCGCUCAUAGCCCUCGUCUUCAGCAAUGAAAAGAGGGAAUGCUGCAAAUACACAGACCAAAGGCUAUUGACCUAA